AUGGCUUCAACGGCUACUCCUGGUUCAUCCAAGAACCCCAUGUACAUCAGCCCUGCUCCCACGGAGCUUGAUCGACCCCCUGUCUUGGACUACUGGUCCAUUCCUAGUGGUGAUUCCAUGGGAAUUGUAGGGGAUUCCGACGAGGAUUCUUUUGAUCUCAUGGCUGAGAUUACAAGGGCCAAGGAGCACCCAGGAUUUGGUGAAUUCCUUCAGUGGUUAGUUGCCCGGUAUGAUCUUGAAGAUGAUCUCCCUGAUGAACACACAUGGGGUGCAGCUGAUGGCGACCCGUUAGAGGAUUUCAAGGACUUUGCCAGGUGGCUCGUUGAGACCAACCAAGGUUGCUGGGACACUUCUUGUGAUGACAACCCGCAGCCACUUGCAGACCUUGACAAGGUAUGGCCUGACAACCAGUUAGGCGACUCUCAGCUUUACCCUCCCGAGGAUGCCCCGUACCCUCCCGACAACUCUGAGGUGACUGAGGUGGUGGUUGGGUAUAUCCCAUACACCAAGACCUGGCCUGACCACAUGGCCCAUGUGAUGGAGGGUUGGGAGUGGUCACAGUGCUUUGUGCGUGCUGGUGGUUUCAUCAUAGAUUUUGUCGGGCCCAGUGAGCUCAAGCAUGUACCAGCCAGGUGCCAAUUCCCCCUUACCAUUUGUACUUGUCUCCCCGUCGAAGAUGGGUUGGAGGAAGGAGAAUGUGAGGAAGAGGAAGGUACCUAUGAGGACUACACCGAAUUCCCCGAGCAGGAUCCCAAGCCCACAGAGACCAAUGCAGAGGGCCAUGAUGAUGGCAUGUGGGAUGGCGAUGAUCAGGAUGGUGGUAAGUGGGGUACAGAGUUGGGGUGGGAUUUUCGAGACGAUGAUUCCUCAAACCACAAACUUUGCACUUACCCUGGCCCUGAAAGCGAUGAUUGCCACCAUGUCGAGACAGAACUGGAGCAAGUUAUGGAUGCCCUGGUUGCCAGUGAUGUGGAAGAGCUCGAGGCCAAACGCUGGUCUGACCCGGGAAAUGCCUGCCCUGAUUCUGGUUCGUGGAGUUGGGAUGACGACUGGUCAAGUAACCUCGAUUGGGGUCAGCCUGGAGUGCCAUUCAAUGAGGAAGAGGACAACCUGGAGACCCAUUCUGGAUACGAUGGCCAAGAAGGCUAUCCCAAUUGGAUGGAAGAAGCCAAUGACAAUUGGCGAAAGCCAGACGCCAACUGUGAUUGGGAUGAAGGCGAUUGGAGCAAGCCGGAGGUGCCCUUCGAAGAGGACAACUGCUACCCAAACACCGAUGGAUUCUGGAAAGGUGAUGUCGAUGGAGAUCAGCCCGAUGUGCCAAUGGCGGGGGAACUGUGCUACUACCCGUACGCUUAUUCUGAACAGUGGUCAAGCCCCUUGAAUGUAACCUUUCGGGAUCCUGCAAUUUGGGGUAUUAAGGUUCAGUUCCAUGCUGACUAUCUUGAAUUUGAGGCGAUUUCGAAUAUUGGGGCCCGUCUGAUGUGCCGGUCGAAAAGGAGGAGGCUGAGUUUGGAUAUUGGGAAGGAUCCUUUGCAAGCAAAACGACCUACCCUCAGGUAA